CUUUCUCUCUCUCCGUUACCCGAAGUCCCGAACUACACGCCUUUUCCCCUUCUGAUUCCUCGCUCUCUUUCCAGAAUUUUCAGUUUUUAAAAUAAAGAACAUUUCUCGUUAAGCAAAGUUUUGUCUCCAAAGUCUCGAGUUGAGAGCUGAAUAUAUUGUUAGUAUUUAUAUAUUCAGUUUUUAAUUACGGUUAAUAAUGUCGGGUUCGUCCAUUGAGCUCUUGUAAUGAGAAGGGAAAGAAAAGAUUUUCUCGCCAACCAAACAUAUAUAGUUAAAAUCAGAAUCUCCUUCUUGUGAAAGAGUAAAGUUAAUUGUAACUGUUAUUGUUCUUGUUCUUGUGGAUUAAUUGAUUGAGAAAGAGGAGCAAGUUGCAAAAUGGAUCAAGUAUUGAAUACAGUUGCGAGGAGAUUGCAAAUGGUGUCCACUUCUGACCACGCCUCUGUGGUUUCAAUGAACCUGUUCGUGGCGCUUCUUUGUGCUUGUAUUGUGCUUGGUCAUCUUCUUGAAGAGAAUCGCUGGAUGAAUGAGUCCAUUACUGCCCUUGUCAUAGGUCUUUGUACAGGUGUAGUUAUUUUGCUGAUUAGCGGUGGUAAAAGUUCGCAUCUGUUAGUCUUCAGUGAAGAUCUGUUCUUUAUAUAUCUUUUGCCGCCUAUCAUAUUUAAUGCAGGGUUUCAAGUGAAAAAGAAGCAAUUUUUUCGUAAUUUCAUAACCAUUAUGUUGUUUGGUGCAGUUGGUACGUUAAUAAGCUGUACCAUCAUAUCACUAGGUGUUAUUCAGUUCUUUAAACAAAUGGAUAUUGGUACAUUGGAUAUAGGGGAUUAUUUAGCAAUUGGUGCAAUAUUUGCUGCAACGGAUUCUGUUUGCACUUUGCAGGUGCUCAAUCAGGAUGAGACACCUUUACUCUAUAGUUUGGUGUUCGGGGAGGGUGUUGUCAAUGAUGCUACAUCUGUAGUGCUUUUUAAUGCUAUCCAAAGCUUUGACCUCACUCAUAUCAACACAAGAACAGCUUUUCACUUUAUUGGCAACUUCUUCUAUUUAUUUUUCACAAGCACUAUGCUCGGGGUGUUUACUGGACUGCUUAGUGCUUACGUUAUCAAAAAGCUAUAUAUUGGCAGGCACUCAACAGAUCGUGAAGUUGCUCUCAUGAUGCUCAUGGCGUACCUUUCAUAUAUGCUAGCAGAACUAUUUUAUUUGAGUGGCAUUCUUACAGUGUUUUUCUGUGGGAUCGUGAUGUCACAUUACACCUGGCACAAUGUGACUGAGAGUUCAAGAGUCACUACCAAGCACUCUUUUGCAACCUUGUCUUUUGUUGCUGAGAUUUUUAUCUUCCUGUAUGUUGGUAUGGAUGCCCUGGACAUUGAGAAGUGGAAAUUUGUUAGUGAUAGCCCUGGAACAUCUGUUGCAGUGAGCUCAGUGCUGAUUGGUCUGAUUAUGGCUGGACGAGCAGCUUUUGUUUUCCCCCUAUCCUUUUUGACAAAUUUAGCUAAGAAAAAUCCCACUGAGAAGAUUGGCUUUAAGCAGCAAGUUGUGAUAUGGUGGUCUGGUCUCAUGAGAGGUGCUGUGUCUAUGGCACUUGCUUAUAAUCAGUUUACAAGGUCAGGCCACACUCAGUUGCGAGCGAAUGCUAUCAUGAUCACCAGCACUAUAACUGUUGUUCUUGUCAGUACAGUGGUUUUUGGUAUGUUGACUAAACCUCUUAUAAGAUUCCUGCUGCCUCAACCAAAACAUACAAACUCGGUAUUAUCAGAUCCAUCUUCUCCAAAAUCAAUUGUAGUGCCACUUUUGGGAGGCCAACAGGACUCGUACACUGACGCCGUUGGCAAUGCUUUCAUACGUCCAGGCAGCAUACGAGCACUUCUGACAACCCCUACACACACUGUUCACUAUUACUGGCGCAAAUUUGACGAUCACUUCAUGCGACCUGUGUUUGGUGGCCGGGGUUUUGUUCCCUAUGUUCCUGGCUCACCAACAGAAAGGAGUGUCCAUGAACGACAAUGA